AUGGCGGAAAACAAUGCUUUUAGAGGCCGACCCACAGAGGAUCCUAACAAGCACCUCACUAAAUUCAUCCAGAUCUGCAACACGACGAAAAUAAAUGGAGUCACAGAUGAGCAGAUCAGAUUAAGGGUGUUCCCUUUUUCUCUGGAGGAUGAUGCCAAGGAUUGGCUGGACAAUAUGGAGCCCAACUCCAUUCGCACGUGGGAGGCCAUGGUUGAGAAGUUCUUAGAAAAAUACUACCCACCGAGUGAGGCAUUGAAGAGGCAGUCAGAAAUCAUUUCGUUUGAGAUGACUCCCCAAGAGAGUAUCCGAGGAGCUUGGGAAAGAUUCAAGGGGCUGAUGAAGAGGUGCCCCAAUCAUGGGCUGAAUCUGACGCAUCAAGUCCUAGCAUUCUGUAGGGGGUGUCUGCCUGAAGCGAAGCGCGAAUUGAACUUGAGCGCAGGGGGGUCAUUGCUAAAGAAGGGAGAAGCAGAUGCCAUGGAGGUGAUUGAGAGAGUGACCUCUAAUGAUGAAGGCUGGAACAACGAGAGGAGCAACAUACACAGAGUAGCCUCUGCCACAGAGAGCAGCCAUAUGGACAGCAUGUAUAAGCAGAUGGAGCUCCUCCAUAAGAAGUUAGAUCUCAUGGGGAUGGGACCGGCUAUGCAGGAGCGGCAAGAGGGUGUAGAGGAUGUUAACUACAUACACCAAGGGGGCAACAACUACUAUAACAACUCCCGCCCCCCUCUAGUGGGUGGGGGUUACAAUCAUUUUGGGAACAAGGCGCAUCCUAAUCUGUCGUAUGGGAACCCCAACAAUUCCCUCCAGCCACCACCGGGGUUCACAGUUUCCCAAGGGAUGAUCGCUGAGCCGCAGAAGAAAAGUACAGAAGAUAUACUGAGUGCAUUCAUGUUACAGUCACACAAGAACAUGGAGCAUACCAAUCAAAGGCUGGAGAAGGUUGAGAAUGAUGCCCACAGCAUGGCAGUACAUAUGAAGGGCAUAGAGACACAGAUGAGUCAGAUUGCUCAAGCUGUGAGCAGUCAGCAAAAGCCAGGGCAGUUUCCAGGACAUCCAAAUGUGAACCCCAAGGAUUGCAAGGCAAUCUACUUAAGGAGUGGGACAAGCUAUGAGAGUCCUCUUAUGCCCGAAAUGGAAGCUAAGGAAGUACCCGACGAGAAGGAAGAAGAUGAGAUUGAGGUGGAAUCGCCUCUUAUACAAUCUGAGGUUCAACCCGAGGCAAUUGUCUCCCCCACGCCGAAAGAGGUUAAAAUUCAUUUUCCUCAAGUGGUGCAAAAGAAGAAGUUGGACGAGAAGCUUGUUAAGUUCCUUGAAAUCUUCAAGAGAGUGCACCUCAAUAUUCCUCUUAUUGAGGCUCUCCAACAAAUGCCCGGUUACCUCAAGUUUUUGAAAGAGAUUGUGUCCAAGAAGAAGAGGUUGGUUGAUUAUGAAACCGUAAACUUGACCGAGAAUUGUAGUGCAAUCAUCCAAGAAAAGAUGCCGGCAAAGAUGAAAGAUCCGGGGAGCUUUAACAUUUCUUGUGUGAUCGGGAAUGAUAGGCAAACUAAGGCCUUAUGUGACUUGGGGGCAAGCAUAAAUCUCACGCCUUUAAGCUUCUUCCGGAAGUUGAAGUUUGGUGUCUUGAAGCCAACUACAUUUACCCUUCAAAUGGCAGAUAAAUCCGUCAAAUACCCGAAUGGACUCCUUGAGAAUGUAUUAGUAAGAGUGAAUGAUUUUAUCUUCCCCGUGGAUUUUGUUGUUUUGGACAUGAAGGAGGAUCCAAAUGUCCCUCUCAUCCUUGGAAGACCAUUCCUAGCAACUGGAAAAGCUCUAAUUGACGUCACUAAGGGAGAACUCACCCUUAGGCAUGGAAACAAGACGGUCAUUCUCUCCUUGUUGGACAAGAUGAAACGUCAUGAAGUGGAAGAGUCCAAGAGAGUGGAAGAGGUGCCCUUAAAAGUUGAAGAGUGCAAGAUAAUACAAGCGGCACAUGUGAGGGCUAGGGAUGAUGAGGUUGAGAAUCCUUUGGAGGAAAUAUUUAUGCCUGAAUGGAUGUUUGAAGAUGAACAUGGAUUGGGGGGUAAAAAGAUGAAGGUUGCCAAAGUGGAAAUUGGAAUACCUAAAGAAGGUGUUGUUGGGGCCGAUGUGAAGCCCACUUGGUGGAAGAAGCGUCUACACAAGCUCUACUUGGCCGCUAAAGCGAAGAAGGGCCCCGAUGACAUUAUCCGAGUGAGAUUGGAUCAUUAAGUGAAAGCUUGAAGACCGUCGGGCAAACGACGUUAAACAGUUGCGCUAUGGGGGAGGCAACCCCUAGUAGGUAAAUUUUUUAUUUUUGUGUGUUUUGGUGUGUUUUUGUUUUGUUCUCGUUUUGGUGUGUUUUUGUGUUUUCUUUGUAUUUUGAGUGGAACAGGGAAAUAGGCUUCGAUGGGUGAAAAACGACAUCAAUGCACGUGGCCAGUGGCGCCUCUUCCUCGGCAGUGAAGGUGAAAAUGACUUGAAAACGAGCUUGAAGGAAGAAUCGCCUGACCGGGCGCGCUUCAAUGCGCGAUUUUCGUAUAAUAGCCACAACUCUCUCAUCUGGACUCCGAUGGGGGCGUGCAAGAUACUCACGUGAAGCCCUUUCGAAGACGAAGACAAUGCUUUUAGAGGAUUCCAGAAAAAACGCCCGACCGGGCGAUUUUUAAGGGGAAAACGCCCGACCGGGCGUUUUGGUCGCGAACUCCAGAAAGUUC